UCCAAAAAAGAAACAAAGACGCCAGAAAAAGUGUUGAUUUUCAUUGGUUUGGACCUGGGAGGAUAAUGCAUGGUCAAAUGGAAGCCAAAACUAGGGUUAAUGUAAUAAAACAGGAAGUGUAAGCUCAGCGGACUGUGUCUGUCUGCAGGACGAGUAACGGGAAGAGUACGGUGAUCAACGCCAUGCUGAGAGACCGCGUGUUGCCGAGCGGCAUCGGCCACACCACCAACUGUUUCCUGAGAGUCGAAGGGACCGAUGGAGACGAGGCUUACCUCACCACCGAGGCAUCCAAUGAGAGGAGGAGCGUCAGCACGGUGAACCAGCUGGCCCACGCACUCCACAUGGACCCCACCCUGGACUCGGGCUGUCUGGUCAAGGUGAUGUGGCCUAAAAGUCGCUGUGCUCUGCUGAGAGACGACCUGGUGCUGAUGGACAGCCCGGGCACUGAUGUGACUCUGGAGUUGGACAGCUGGAUCGAUAAGUUCUGUCUGGACGCCGAUGUCUUCGUUCUGGUGGGAAACGCCGAGUCAACGCUGAUGAACACGGAGAAACUAUUCUUCCACAAAGUCAGCGAGAGAAUCUCCAAACCCAACAUCUUCAUCCUCCACAACAGAUGGGACGCUUCAGUGAGCGAGCCCGAAUACAUCGAGGAGGUGAGGAAGCAGCACCUGGACCGCUGCGUGAGCUUCCUGUCCGAGGAGCUGAAGGUGGUCGGGCUGGAAGACGCUCCGGGGAGGAUCUUCUUCGUCUCGGCCAAAGAAGUCCUGAACUCCAGGAUGCAGCGAGCGCAGGGCAUGCCUGAGACAGGUGGCGCUCUGGCUGAAGGGUUUCAGGGGAGACUCAGAGAGUUCAGAUGUUUGAGAGGGCGUUUGAAGCUGCUGCAGCACGUGGAGGAGAGGAUGAUUGGCUGUCUGUCCCACCGCUGCUCCACCGGUGUCCUGCGGGACGUCCGAGACACUCAGAGCCACAUGAUCGACAGCGUCCGUCCCCUGCUGUGUCCGUCUGUCCCUGAGGCGCUCUCCGCUCCCUCGGCCCCCUUCGACCUGACCUUUGACCUCGGCAUCGCCGCCGUCUGCGCAGAUUUCCGCGAGAACAUCGACUUCCAGUUCUCUCUGGGCUGGACGGCGCUCGUCAGCCGUUUCCUGGGCAACGCCAACGCCAAGCGGGCGCUGAGCGGCGCCGAAACGCGCACGCAGGAACGCGCCAGCUUUAAGGACGAGAUGGCGGUUUCCAUAGCAACAGGCCUGGUCUCCGUGACGUCCCGGGCGUCCAUGACGGUGCUGGUGAUUGGAGGAGUGGUGUGGCGCUCUGUGGGCUGGCGAGUCAUAGCUCUCUCCGUGUCUCUGUACGGUUUCCUCUUCCUGUACGAGAAGCUGACGUGGACGGACGCCAGCCGCGAGCGCGCUCUGAAGAAGCAGUUUGUGGCGCACGCCGCCGGGCGCCUACGGGCCAUCGUACCGGCCGUCAGCGCCGCGUGCAGCCAGCAGGUGUACAAGGAGCUGUGGUCCACAUUGAGCCGUCUGUCUCAGAGAGUGGACCUGAGCGAAGCCGAGCUGGAGGGAAACAUCCGGACGCUGAGUUUCAGGAUCCAGAGACUGGAGAACAUCCAGCGCCGGUCCAAGGCCUUCAGGAACAGAGCCACGGAGCUGGAGACUCAGCUGGAGGUCUUCUCCGCUCGCUACCUGCAGGGGAACUGACCACGAAGAAGAACGGGGGCGUGGCUAGAAGAGAUACAGCUACAGCUAGGAGAUAUACCACAUUACUCUAAAUCUAGGCCAAUAUAUUAAUCCUUGUGUUGACCUCGGGUCAAAUUUGACCCGUUUUCAAAGUUUUUUAUAUCAGAAAUAUGUGUUUCUUUGAACCAAAAUGCCCAAAAAUAACCUGGAUGCAGGGAUGUCCGUUUUGCACGUAAAAUUAAUGAUUACUUUUAUUGAGUUUUGGGUGUUUUAUUCAAUUUUAUAAACAUGUUUAAAUGGUUUUAAAACAGCCUCCUGACCAACCUUUGACAUCAACCAGUCUGUGAUUCUCUCAGCAAGCUCUGAUCUUAACUAUUAGUCAAAAUAAGUCAUCAGUUCUGCUUUUUUAACUCAG